UUUUUUUGUGUCAUUUAGAGGAAAAAUGCAUUUUAGCGUUUGAGUCACUUCAUCAAAAGUUGCUAAAAAAAAUAGUAUUUUUUUUUUAAGUAGCUAAAUUUGUUGCUAGGUGCAGUUGGAUUUUUUUUGUUGCUAGGGUACUCUGAAAAGUUGCUAAAUCUAGCAACAAAAUUGCUACGUUGGCAUCACUGAUCUCAAUACUGCCGGUUGAUGAGACGGUUGGAGCCUCUUUACCGCGGUUCAUGUAGCCACAUCCUACACGAAAAACCACACACACUAUAGAUCACUUUCCAUAACAACUCAACAGAAAACGUGGACAGUUUGUUAACAUACAUUUAUAAAGGAUUUCAAAAAGAUCAGGUAUGUCCAGACGAGGUUGUACCGAUCCGACCGGGCUCCGGAGGAAACGGGACAUGGAGGAGCACCAGAAGGAGAGAAGACGGGCUCUGCAGGCCCGACACCGGGCCAACCUGGCCACCCUGUUCGAGACACUCAACACCGUGGUCUGCCCCACAUCCAACAAGAUGCCUGCUAAGUGGAAGAUCUUGGACCACGCCAAAGGAUUUCUGAAAGAACAGGAAGCCCACCUGAGCAGACUGAUGCUCCUGAAAGGGAUAUUCCUCGGUAAUGAAGACGGGCCGUGCAGCUUGGAGGAAGUGAGGGCAGAGUACCGGAGGCUGCAGUCACACAGCAGAAGACCUGGUGGCUUCAGACGUCAUGGCGGGGAUGACGGAGAGGACCUGACUGAGACCAGUGAGGAAGACUCUGCAGAGGAGACUCUGGAUGACUCCGCCCCCUCUCAGACCUCCAUCAACUCUCUAACCAACAUCCUGGAGUUUGAAGGGUACUUGUUGUUCUACAGACAGACACUGGAGAAGUUGGUUUGUAGCGGUGUGCUGAGCCCGGGACAGACUGGUCUGGCUGUAGUAUCUGAAGCUAUCUCAGGCCUGUGGGAUAGCUUCUCUCCAGAGCGCCGGGCAGCCUACCAGACCUGUCCCCCCCAGCAGAGCACCCUGGGCUGGGAAGGGCCGGCAGAGACACCCCCUAAUCCUGUUCCAGACACCCACCUCCACCUCACGCUCCAGCCCUCCACUCAGGCAAACAGCCAGGGAGCCUCUUCUCCUUCUAGCUAUGAAGAGGACCUGCUUCAGGAUGCCUAUGAUGUGGUGAAGAAAGAGAUGGACUCCACUUCAGACCACAGUCCUGUCCCGGCCUCUCCUCAGUGUGGGGACUUUGACAAGCUCCGGGAGAUCUAUAAGGACAUCAUGUGUUUCGUCAAGACUCAGAUGGUGGAGAAACCAGAACAUAACCAGGACGUGUGUCUGUCUGCUAUGAGGGACCACGAGGAGAUCUUUCUCCAGUGCUCCGAGUCCUUCGACAGUGAGGACAUGUGAAUCACAGGAGGCUGCUGACGGAAGGACGGCUCAUAGAAAUGUCCGGAAACGAAGCAAACGGAAUGACAUUAAACACCAUGGAAACCAUGUGUGAUGUAUUUAAUACCGUUCCACCGAUUCCGCUCCUGUCAUUACCCACAAGCCUGUUCACCAACUUCCUGUUUCUGGGACCAAUCAGAACAGUUAGAAUGUGUUUGAUAUAUUUAAUACCGUUCUCCCCAAUUAACCUGUUAACCAACUUCCUGUUUCUGGGACCAAUCAGAAUGUGUUUGAUAUAUUUAAUACGGUUCCACUGAUUCAGCUCCAGUCAUUACCCACAAGCCUGUUCUCCCCAAUUAACCUGUUAACCAACUUCCUGUUUCUGGGACCAAUCAGAAUGUGUUUGAUAUAUUUAAUACCGUUCCACUGAUUCAGCUCCAGUCAUUACCCACAAGCCUGUUCUCCUCAAUGAACCUGUUCACCAACUUCCUGUCAUGUGAACACCUAUUCGUUGUACAAGUGUUUGUUCCUGUUGACAUGAAAGACACAUUGUGUUGCUUUGUUAUGGACUUGAUAAAUGAUCACGUUUCGGGAUUUGUUUUUAUAAAUGUUCAGCUUUUCCACUCGUUUAUAGUUACAGACAUGUUUUAUAAUCUGACAUUCAUGUUUCUAUGUGCUGUUUUAUAAUCUGGUUCUGAGGCAAAUCAUUCAUCCGUUUGUAUUCGAUGAUCAUUGUUCAGCCGUUUUAACCCAUUAAGAAUCAGCAUUGAGUCCAGCCAGUCUUUCUCUGUGUAUUAAACCUCAGCCUCAGAGAGGGAUGGUGGUCUCACAGUGUCCAGCAGUGGUUCCCAAACCAAGGGUCGCGACCCCCGUGUGGGGACGGACGCCUGAUGUGAAAACGAGGUUGCGGAAGAAUUUCCCCAAAAAAUCCUGAAAAUAACAUUUUAAAAAAUAAAACACAUUUUUAAAAAUA